UUCACCCAUGUGAGUCCUCUCUCUCUUGCUAUUCUGUAGAUUUGAACUCUCCUUCUCACUCUCUCUUUAAGUUAUUACCAUUACCCUAAAUCCCUUUCAAACCAAACAGAUUUCAAGAAACACACCCAAAAAAAAAAAUGCCUCUAAGCAACAAUGUAAUAGGUUGCAUAAACUUCAUCGCCGUACUCCUCUCAAUUCCGGUCAUCGGCGCCGGAAUCUGGCUCUCUAUGGGAGCAGUGAACUCAUGUGUCAAGCUCCUCCAGUGGCCAAUAAUAAUCCUCGGAAUCUUGAUCCUCCUUGUGGGUCUGUCUGGUUUCAUCGGAGGGUUCUGGAGAAUCACUUGGCUUCUUGUCGUUUACUUAAUUGCAAUGCUUGUUCUCAUCGUACUUCUAGGUGUUCUUAUCGGAUUUAUUUACAUGGUUACCCUGAAAGGAUCUGGUCAUCCAGAACCAAGUAGAGCUUAUCUUGAGUAUAGUCUUCAAGACUUCUCUGGUUACUUAUGGCAAAGAGUUCAGAGUUCUUCCAAAUGGGAUCGGAUCCGUACUUGUUUGAGUACUACGAACAUUUGUCCUGAAUUAAACCAGAGAUUCACUAUGGCUAUGGAUUUCUUCAAUGCUCAUCUUAGCCCCAUUCAAUCUGGUUGCUGCAAACCUCCAACAAAAUGUGGCUUCAAUUUUGUGAACCCUACUUACUGGAUAACUCCCGUGGAUAUGUCUGCAGACACCGACUGUCUACAGUGGAGCAAUGACCAAAACACUUUGUGCUACAGUUGUGACUCUUGCAAAGCCGGUUUGCUCGCAAACCUCAAGAUAGAUUGGUUAAAAGCGGAUAUAUUUCUUCUUGUGGCGUUUAUUGGUUUAAUAAUCGUUUAUAUAUUUGGCUGCUGCGCUUUCCGAAACGCUAAAACUGAAGAUACUUUCAGACAGUAUAAGCAGGGUUAUACUGAUAUAUGAUCGGGAUGAGAAGUUUAGUGGCAAAACUGUGGUGAAGUUUUAUUAAAUCAUUGGGUUUCCUAUAA